AUGGCUAAGCGUCGCCUUGAAGAUGCAAUUGUAGCAUCUCGUGCAUUGAAUGUUGGAAUCAAACUUAUUGAUCAUUUUCGUAGUGCAAAACCGUUAUUCUCACAUGAUGUGCAUGCACAUGGUGGCAUUUUCUCACUUCGUUUUUCUGAUGAACUCGAUCAAUUAGCUGUUGGUUAUGGUGAUGGUUCGAUACGUUCAUUCUCGGUAACCAACGGCAAAGAAACAAACGAAUAUUUAGCAAGUAGUUUACCACCUAUCGAACACUUACGUCGUCUUUCGAUGGAUUUACCGAUCAUGUCAUUGAAGUGGCAUCCAUUAGCAAGUCAUUGUCUUUACGCUGCGUGUGUCGAUGGAACAAUUCGGCAUGUUGACAAGAAAACUAAUGAAUUAUCGGUUCUUACGUAUGAAAUUGAUAACGAACUAACAUCGUUGGAUUUUUCGUUCGACGGAAAACAUUUUGCAACGGUUGGAAAAGAUGCACAUGUUCGAGUGUAUGAUAGUGAAAAAACAAUGAUCAUACAUAAAUAUAAUAACCAACGUAAUGAUACUCAAUUGGAACAAAUUCUUCACCGUCGUGAUAGUGGAGCCGAUGAAUUGUCAUGUACGACAGGUCAUUACCAUCGGGCAUUUGCAUGUAAAUUCCAUCCGGAUCAUCGGAAUGUUCUCCUAACAGCUGGAUGGGAUAAUGUUAUCAAGUUUUGGGAUAUUCGUCAAAAAGACGCGAUGAGUGAAGAAAUUGCUGGACCACAUAUCUGUGGUGAAGGAAUUGAUGCACGUGGAAAUGAGAUUUUAACUGCGUCAUGGACAUGUGCAAACUCAUUGCAAUUAUGGGAUUUUCGCACGAUGGGUUUAAUCAAAACAUUGAAUGUUCCCAAUGCUGAUACUGACAAAGGGGAAUUUAUGUAUUCGGCUCAAUUAUGUGAUAAUAAAACGAUCUUAGCAGUUGGAAGUGGUACAUGUGCAUGCCAUGUGAUUAACUCUGAAACAAAUCAAGAAUUGGCCCGUUUACCAUUAACGAAGCCAGUGUAUGCUUUGGAUUCGAUGUUAGGCGGACGCGUUUUUGCUUUUGGUGGUUUGGAUAAAUUUUCUCUGGCUCAUAUGAAAGACAGCUGA